AUGUCAGCAGUUCGAACAUGCCCAGGUCUUUAUUGUGGUCGCACUGAAUUAGAAGAAAACACUUGGAGUGAAUGUGGUGCCUGCCCUCGAGGAUACAGAACAAAUGCUUCUAGUUAUUGUGUGCAGUGCACAGAUGAACCAACGCUUUAUGACUGGCAAUAUCUGGGUUUCAUGGUUCUCUUACCUCUUGUUUUGCAUUGGUUCUUCAUUGAUAUGGUUGCGACUGGGAAAAAAAAAGGGUCAACUGUGACACAGCAUUUUUGUGCUUUAUUGGAGAUAUUAAUUGGAACAGUUGCUGCUUUGCUAGUACUGCCACCAGCUGGAUCUCUCGCUCUUUUUGUAUGCACUCCGAAGGCUCUGUCUGAUUGGUAUACACUCCUACAUAAUCCUCAACCAGAUUAUAAAGAGACGUUGCACUGCACACAGGAAGCUGUGUAUCCGUUGUAUACCAUCAUACUUUUGAUAUACGGCUUCAGUUUGUUACUGACUGUGAUACUGAGGCCUGUAGUCCUUGCUUGGCUGAAGAACAGUCCUGGUAAAAAGGCUAUUUACUGCGCUUUGUACUUUUACCCAAUUCUUGUUCUCACACACACAGUAGCUGCUGGAUUGAUAUAUUGUGCAUUCCCCUAUAUAAUUAUAAUAAUAUCAAUGAUGACGUCAGCGUCACAUUUCUCAAACAAGAUGGACCAAUCUGCGCCGGCUUUACUUGUCUCUUCAGUUAAGAACUCAAGGAAUUUGAUAAUCCUGUUGGGCCAUUGGCUUAUACAUGCAUACGGGAUAAUAUCAUUAACUGGUUUCAAAGAGCUGUGGUAUUUAACUUUGGUACCAGCACCAGCAUUGUUUUACAUACUAACAGCUCAAUUCACUGAUCCUUUAAAAAUACACAAUGAUUGA